GGGCAUUCUGUGUCGAGCGUCGAGUGCGCCGUCGUCGAGCAUCUUGGGGCUGCUGGCCCUUCAUGUGCACGGCUGCAACGGGGGCACGUGCGUCGUUUGAAGUGGAACGUGCCGAUCGAAAGGCCAAUGACGGCAUGGUGUUUCGCAAGUGGCAGCCCUUCUGCGGCCUGACUACGGCGAACAAAGCUGUGCUCUUUAUCGCCACUGUCUCCGGAACGCUUUCAGUGGCCGGGUCCCUGGCUGCCUUUCUACGGAUCCUGGUGGCCUCGAGCGACAGCCGCAUCAUCCCUGACUACCAAGGGUCAGUGAAAGUGAAUACAAUGCUAUUCCUCUUUCCUGGUAUAUACUGUCUACUGAGGACCUCGACCUGUGUCCUUCUCAUCUGGGGAUCAAAGAUCGAGCGUGCCCAGCUCGUGCUUCCCUGGAUAGUCACUGGCAUCGUCGACCUCGUGCUCUGCGUCGUCGGUAUGGUCGUGCUUGGAAUCGCAGCUACGCAGAAUGGUGCCCAGAUCUUCGGACAAGACAAUUCGGAGUGGUUCGCCAGUGGAGCUGGGCUCUGUGCUUUGCUUUUCAUCUUAAUGGUGUACUUUGUGCUCUGCGUGAUGUCGUACUUCGAAGACCUGCUCAAGAAGCCUAACACAAACUUCUUCAAGAGUUCCAGAUGGAACGCAGUGAUGCGGGAAUGGGGCCACAAGGAGGCCGCGGCCGGCGCAACCGUAAACACUGCCUUCGAGUCGGCCUGAGCUGUGCGGGCUGCUUGCACUGCGGGAAUCUCAAGCGGCGGAGGGACGCAGGCUGCCACGCAAUCUCGUCAUAUCGUUCAGCAACCUCGACCCUUCCAGAUGGUCCAAUGCGGGAGGUCGUACACGUGUAUUAUUUAAAUAAAAAAAA